GCGGGCAGCGGAGCGAUGGCGGCGCGGAGAGCCCGGCGGCUCCUCGGCUCCCUCUGCAUCGCCCUUCUCCUGGCGCAGCCCGCGCCCGCCGCGCGGAGCGGCUCCCGGAGCCUCCUCACGGGGUCCCUCGUGAGAACCUUCACUCCGUUUUACUUCCUGGAGGAGCCGCAGGACGUGCUGUCGGUGCGGGGGGCCGCCGUGGUGAUGAACUGCUCGGCCCACUGCGACCCCGCGCCCAGGAUCGAGUGGAAGAAGGACGGGACCUUCCUCAACCUGGUGUCGGACGACCGGCGGCAGCUGCUGCCCGACGGCUCCCUGCUGAUCAGCUCCGUGGUGCACUCCAAGCACAACAAGCCCGACGAGGGCCAUUACCAGUGCGUGGCCACCGUGGACAGCCUGGGCACCAUCGUCAGCAGGACGGCCAAGCUCACCGUGGCAGGCCUGCCCAGGUUCACGAGCCAGCCGGAGCCGACGGCGGUGCCCCGGGGCGGCAGUGCCGUGCUGAGCUGCGACGCCAACGCCGACCUGGCCCCGUUCGUGCGGUGGGAGCAGGACCGGCAGCCGGUGCCGCUGGACGAGCGGGUGCUGCAGUUGCCCAGCGGGGCCCUGGUGAUCAGCAACGCCUCCGACAGCGACCGGGGGCUGUACCGGUGCCUCCUCGAGGGCUCUGCCGGCCCCAAGUACAGCGACGAGGCCGAGCUCACAGUCCUGCCAGAGCCCGAGGAGCCGCAGCCCCUGACGUUCCUGAGGCAGCCGUCGACCCUGUCCAGGCUGAGCGGGCAGAGCGCCCUGUUCCCCUGCGUCGCCACGGGAUUCCCAACCCCCUCCAUCAGGUGGACAAGAAAUGAGGAAGAGCUCCUCACAGAAGGGUCCGGGCGGUUCCAGCUGCUGGCCGGGGGCUCCCUGGAGAUCCGGGACGUGGGCGAGGGGGACGCCGGGACCUUCACCUGCAUCGCCGAGAGCGGCAACGACACCGCGGCGGCCCAGGCAGAGCUCACGGUGCAAGUUCCCCCCGAGUUCCUGAAGCGACCUGCCAACAUCUACGCUCACGAGUCCAUGGACAUCGUGUUCGAGUGUGAGGUGACCGGGAAACCCACCCCCACCGUGAAGUGGGUCAAGAACGGAGACGUGGUGAUCCCCAGUGACUACUUCAAAAUUGUUAAAGAACAUAACCUGCAAGUUUUGGGUCUGGUGAAGUCUGAUGAAGGAUUCUACCAGUGCAUUGCAGAAAAUGAUGUUGGGAAUGCACAGGCUGGAGCCCAGUUGAUAAUCCUUGACCUUGAUGUUGCCAUCCCAACAUUGCCUCCCACUUCACUGACCAGUGCCACUAAUGACCAUCUAGCACCAGCCACAGCAGGACCCCUGCCCUCGGCCCCGCGGGACGUCGUGGCCACCCUCGUGUCCACCCGCUUCAUCAGGCUCACCUGGAGGCCACCAGUGUCAGACCCUCAGGGGGACAACCUCACCUACUCCAUCUUCUACACCAAGGAAGGGAUCAACAGGGAACGUGUUGAAAAUACGAGUCGUCCUGGAGAGACACAAGUGAUGAUCCAAAACCUGAUGCCAGAGACAGUUUACGUGUUCCGAGUUGUGGCUCAGAACAGGCACGGCCCCGGGGAGAGCUCGGCUCCGCUCAAGGUGGCAACACAGCCCGAGGUCCAGCUGCCCGGCCCGGCUCCCAACAUCCGUGCGUAUUCCAGCUCCCCCACCUCCGUCACCGUCACCUGGGAGACGCCGCUCUCGGGCAACGGGGACAUCCAGAACUACAAACUCUACUACAUGGAGAAGGGGCAGGACACCGAGCAGGACGUGGACGUGGCAGGGCUGUCCCACACGGUCACUGGGCUGAAGAAGUUCACCGAGUACAGCUUCCGGGUGGUCGCCUACAACAAGCACGGCCCCGGCGUCUCCACCCACGACGUCGUCGUCCGCACCCUCUCGGAUGUCCCCAGCGCUCCACCACAGAAUCUGACGCUGGAGGUACGGAAUUCCAAGAGCAUCCUGCUGCAGUGGCAGCCCCCUCCCGCAGGGACCCACAGCGGGCAAAUCACCGGCUACAAAAUCCGCUACCGGAAGGUUUCGCGCAAGAGCGACGUCACCGAGAGCGUGGGGGGCACCCAACUGUCCCAGCUCAUCGAGGGGCUGGAGCGAGGCACCGAGUACAGCUUCCGAGUGGCCGCCAUGACCGUGAACGGCACCGGCCCCGCCACCGACUGGGUGUCAGCGGAGACCUUCGAGAGCGACCUGGACGAAACUCGUGUUCCUGAGGUUCCAAGCUCCCUGCACGUCCGUCCCCUGGUCACCAGCAUCGUGGUGAGCUGGACCCCCCCGGAGAACCAGAAUGUGGUGGUGAGGGGCUACGCCAUCGGCUACGGCAUCGGCUCCCCCCACGCCCAGACCAUCAAGGUGGACUAUAAACAGAGAUACUACACCAUCGAGAACCUGGACCCAAGCUCCCACUAUGUGAUCACCCUGAAGGCCUUUAACAACGUGGGGGAAGGAAUCCCUCUGUACGAGAGCGCCGUGACCCGGCCCCACUCUGACACUUCCGAGGUUGAUUUGUUUGUUAUUAAUGCUCCAUACACUCCAGUGCCAGACCCGUCUCCCAUGAUGCCCCCGGUGGGAGUUCAGGCUUCCAUCCUGAGCCACGACACCAUCCGGAUCACGUGGGCAGACAACUCUCUGCCCAAGAACCAGAAGAUCACGGACGCUCGGUACUACACAGUGCGCUGGAAAACCAACAUCCCGGCCAACACCAAGUACAAGACUGCCAAUGCCACCACCCUGAGCUAUUUGGUGACGGGGCUGAAGCCCAACACCCUGUACGAGUUCUCGGUGAUGGUGACCAAGGGCCGCAGAUCCAGCACCUGGAGCAUGACAGCACAUGGGACCACCUUUGAACUAGUGCCCACUUCCCCUCCCAAGGACGUGACCGUGGUGAGCAAGGAGGGCAAACCCCGGACCAUCAUCGUGAACUGGCAGCCCCCCUCCGAGGCCAACGGCAAGAUCACAGGAUACAUCAUCUACUACAGCACAGACGUGAACGCCGAGAUCCACGACUGGGUCAUCGAGCCGGUCGUGGGGAACAGACUGACCCACCAGAUCCAGGAGCUGACCCUGGACACGCCCUAUUACUUCAAAAUCCAGGCCCGGAACUCCAAGGGAAUGGGGCCCAUGUCCGAGGCCGUGCAGUUCAGAACCCCCAAAGCUGAGUCCUCAGAUAAAAUGCCCAAUGACCAAGCCUCGGGAUCUGCAGGGAAGGGAAGUCGCCCAGUGGACUUAGGACCGGACUACAAACCCCCCCUUGGAGGCAGUAACAGUCCCCAUGGAAGUCCUACCUCUCCCCUGGACAGCAACAUGCUCCUGGUGAUCAUCGUGUCCGUGGGGGUGAUCACCAUCGUGGUCGUGGUGAUCGUCGCCGUCUUCUGCACCCGCCGCACGACCUCGCACCAGAAAAAGAAACGUGCUGCCUGCAAAUCAGUGAAUGGCUCCCACAAGUACAAGGGGAACUCCAAAGAUGUCAAGCCUCCUGACCUUUGGAUUCAUCAUGAGAGACUGGAGCUCAAACCCAUUGAUAAGUCUCCAGAUCCCAAUCCCAUCAUGACAGACACCCCAAUCCCUCGCAACUCCCAAGACAUCACCCCAGUUGACAAUUCCAUGGACAGCAAUAUCCAUCAGAGGCGGAAUUCCUACAGAGGACACGAGUCCGAGGACAGCAUGUCCACGCUGGCAGGAAGGAGGGGGAUGAGGCCCAAGAUGAUGAUGCCUUUUGAUUCUCAGCCACCUCAGCCUGUGAUUAGUGCUCAUCCCAUCCAUUCACUCGAUAACCCCCACCACCAUUUCCACUCCGGCAGCCUCGCCUCUCCAACCCGCAGCUACCUCCACCACCAGCCCAGCCCCUGGCCCCUGGGCACAGCCUUGUCCCACUCAGACAGGGCCAAUUCCACAGAGUCCGUCCGGAACACGCCCAGCACGGACACGCUGCCGGCGCCCUCAGCCCCGCCGGGCACCGACCACCAGGACCCCGAGGGCUCCACGGGCUCGUACCUGGGCACUGCCCAGGAGGAGGACCCUGCCCAGGGCCUGCCCACCGCCCACGUCCGCCCGUCACACCCGCUCAAGAGCUUCGCGGUGCCCGCGGUGCCCCCGGCCGGGGCCUCCUACGACCCUGCCCUGCCCAGCACCCCCCUGCUGACCCAGCAAGCUCCCACCCACCCCGUUCACUCGGUGAAGACCGCGUCCAUCGGAACUUUGGGAAGGACUCGCCCUCCCAUGCCCGUGGUCGUUCCCAGUGCCCCCGACGUGCAGGAGACCACCCGGAUGCUGGAGGACUCGGAAAGCGUAGACCUACGAGCCGGAUGAGCUGACCAAAGAGAUGGCCCACCUGGAAGGACUGAUGAAGGACCUCAAUGCCAUCACCACGGCGUGACCACCUCCCCGGGACAUGACUCCAAACCGCUCCGCAAGUCGUGGGACUCAGCCUUGGAACGCAAGGAAUUGUACAGAGGAAAAAAAAAAAAAAGGAAAAAAAAGAGAAAAAAAAAAACAAACAACAAACCAGAAAGAGGGACAGCACAUGAGAGCAAUGUGGGAAGGAGAGGAACCAACCAGAGGGGACCUGUGUGUCACCGUCCUGCAGUGAAGUCUUGGCCCUGUGAAUUCCAGUCCCCUGUGGGCCGGGCGGGCUGGGACACACCAGGCUGGACUCCAGACACAAGGAAAGCAAACGGACUCGCCGUUAGUUUUGUUCUGGUCAGGUUUUGUCUCAGUGGUGUGAUUGCCCUGCCUUUUCAGUGUUGGACAUUGGCAUUUAUGUACAAUUUUAUUUGUGUUUUUAUUUUAUCUUUUUUUAUAAAAAGGAAAAAAAUAUUGUAAUUAAAAAAAAAAAAAAGGGAGAAACUGUUGUUUUCCACAGCCUAGGCUGAGGUUUGACUGCUUGUUCUAUUGUGUAUGGAAAUUCAUUGCCAGUGUGGGUUGUUCUGUUUUGUUUUUUAUUCUGCGUACAACUACGUCCCCUUCUGGCAGUUAAUCCAUGGCCUUUUGGGAUGCUGCACUGCUCUUUGUAAGCUUUUUUUAUUAUUUUUAUAUUAUAAUUAUUAAAAGCCUGACUUUCUCCUCUCAUCACUGUGAGAUUACCAGUCUGUUUGAAUUGAAAUGUAAUUUGAAAGGCUUGUUUGUCGCUUUUUGUGCAGUUUCAAUAUUUUGAGUGGGGGGGAAAGUAGCUGGGGAAGGGGAGGGGGUCCAGGGGGAGGGGUCAUUCCUGUUGUUUUCAUGUCUUUCUCCAGUGACUGGAAAGACUGAAGAACACGAAGCAUCUUCUGUAACGUCCUUCCUUGUCCCUUUAGCAUCACUGUGUCUCUGGUCACUGAACUGCAGUGAGAGUCUCAUUUAGAAACAUUGCCAGAACUUCCUCCUGUAAAUUGGGGUUCCUUUUGCUUAGAUGACACUACAUGCAGCUUAUUUUGGCAACUGUUUUGUUGUUGUUAGCUAAAGAUGCAUCAUGAACCUUGCAAGUGCAGAGUGAGGGCUCAGCACAGGCCCCAGGGCUGGGGUGGAGCUCCCUGGGCUCCCAGAAGGAGAGAGCUGGGGCCCUUCCAUCCCCACACACCACAUCCUGCCUGUGGGAACACUCCCUGCCCACAGCAGCACGUCCAGCCCCAGUGCAGUGUCUCCAUCCCGGGCCACUCAAACAAGGGCCAGCUCUGGAGUGUUCCCCAGAGACAAAAACAAGGCAAAAAUGUAUUUUUUUACACUUUGGAAAACCAUGUAAAAAGAAAACCAGUAUUAGUGACUCAGGUGCUGUUCACACAUCUGUCUGGAAAGGAAGGGAAGGUCAAAGGGAAGGACAAGGGUUUUCCUUUUCUCCAUGUGUGAUUGCCUGGCUCUGCCCUUCCCUGGAAAGGGGCUGCAGCUCAGUAAAGUAACCAAACCCACCCCCAGGUGCCUGAUGAACUCGUGUGCAAUUCCACUGCCAGAACAAAAGGAAACUCCAACUUACUGCUGGUUCACAGGGGAAUCUGUUCCUCCUGGGAUUUGGGAUCUCGGGGACAGGCAGGUCUGGGUGUUUUGGGGACCCUGCUGUGGCUCUGCCAGGGCUGGGCCUGUGGGAAUGCAGGAACAGCAGGAGGGAAUGCUGGAACUGCUGCAGCUCCAGUAACAAACAGGAGUUCUGCUGCUUUUACUUUGUUCCCCACUGAACUGAACUAAAGCUUCUCGUCUCCAAGAGAGGGGAGAGCCAUGGAAUCACCUGGAGAGCAGCUGGGAUGGUGCUGUAGUGUCACUUCCUUUCUUUUCCUGGACUCUGUGUUGUCAUUUCUGGGACAUUUCCUGCCUUUAUUUAUUCUUUGAGGGAGGGGAGGGAAUCAAAUUAAUUGGGGCACUGUAGGCCACCUGGAUAACUGAUGUUUGGACUUUUAAUCAGUACAAUUCAGGGCAAAAUAAGCUACAGAAUAUGUGUUUAAAGAAUAAAAAUGCACACCCUGACCUGGAAGGAGGGUGUGAACCUUUUCCUUUGCCUAUUUUUUACCUGUACCCAAAGAAAUACCAUCCUACAAACACAGUAUUCCUGGCUGGGGGGGGGUCUUUGUGAAUAUUCCUUAUGUAUAACACCAUGAAUGUUAAUAUUGUCAUUGAAUUUGGGGAGGGGGAAUAUUUUUAAUGAUAAAACAACUGUUCAAAGUUGGUUUUUUAAGGUUAAACUGAAAAAAAAAAGAAAAAAAACAUUUAUUCAAUUCAGUGUACAAUCUGUAUUGCACUUUUUCACAUUUUAAUGCUACGUUUUCUUACAUAUCCUGUGAUUUUAAAUUUGGAACAUUGUGUAUCCUUGUAGUGUCAUAGUCAAGCUGUUGAGUGACAGCUUCCCUCAGACAUUUGGGGAAAAAAGAACCAAACCUGUAUAUUGUUUUAUGAUUCUCAUGUAGAAUAAUUUUGAGGGCUGCUGUAGACGUCGACCUUUCUGUACAAUUUUUUUUUUUUGCUUUUCUGUAGUAUUUGCUGUAUCCUCUAUGGCUUUUUUUAAUAACUUCAUGUUUAUUAUUUGGUAUUGGACAUCCAAUACACUUUUUUUAAUCCAAUCAAA